UUAUCCUUUCUUUCAGUUCAGCAGUUCGAAUCAAGCGUGCGAGACCGGACUCUAUUCAUUAACGUCCGCUCGAGUGGAAAAUUCAAAUAAAAUAUAUUUGCAUACUUCGGUUGAGUGGGUUGGGUGGUCUCCAUUGUUUUGCUCGGACAGGACAUUCUCUCCCAAGGGGUGCGGAAUCCUUUUCUUUCAUCAAAGGGCCGUCUUUUCAUUGAGCAAAUAUUCUCAUUGUGCGGAAGACAGGUGGACGCCGUCUCAAGUGAGAGAUAAUUGCUUUGUUUGACUUACUCCCUAAGAAUUGGUACAAUGGGACCGAAGAAAGCGGCGGAACGUCAACCGGUGGAGCGGGUCCAUCCGAGCAUGGAGCCCGUCGUUCGGGAUGGAAAAAUUCGCGAACAGAUCGAGUUGGAGAGCAAGGUGCGCCAAGAGUAUCAGAAGAAGUGGGGCUUUAUCAACCAGCCUAAGAUGACCGAAUAUUUCGAUUUGAAGAAGAACAACCAACGGCUGAAGGAACUGCAUCAGCAGCGCAGCGAGAAGAUCAACAUGCACGAAUACGACGGCCAUGGAGAGUCGUUUUUCGUAUCGCGCCAGAUGUUUAAAACUCUUUUGGAUACGUGCCGGUGUGGCCGGAAGAAGGUGACCAACUCGCACGCGCUAAAGUGUCUGCAGAAGUCGAAAAGUACGUACGAAAAGACGGACGACGAGGAGGAAGACGAGGAAGGGGAAGCUAAGAAGGUUGAGACUGUAGACACGGCCAGCGAUAAGAGCACCAAUUACAUCCCGAAGGUUCCUCCGGUGAGUUCGGGAAUGUACGGUUGGCCCCAGAAUCGCUUCGUCGAAAUGGAGAAAACGACGUACUACAUUUCGCCGCGGUACACCAUGCCCGGACAUCCGAUCGUCGAUUCCCAACCGUACAGCGCCAUCAUUCUGGGUUAGAGGGACGUUCUCACAC